AUGCAUACAGUUGCAGUCCUAACACUAGAAGAAGAAGAAGAGGAGGUGUUUUAUAUCAAAAAGAUAAGUAGCACAGCAAAAACACCAAGACGAGCAUCAAAAGGAGCUGCCGGAUAUGAUCUUGCUGUUGACCAAGAUUAUAUAAUUCCUCCACAAGGACAAGAAUUAUUAAGCACUGGAAUUAGUAUCAAAACUCCAGAAGGCACUUAUGCUCGUAUAGCACCUCGGUCCAGUUAUGCUAUGAAAGGCAUCAUUAUAGGCACCGAUGUUAUUGAUUCAGAUUAUAGAGGUGAAGUAAAGAUUCUUGUUCACAAUUUCUCUAAUGAUACUUUGUCUCUCAAAACAGGGGAGUGUAUAGCACAAAUAAUUCUAGAAUGCUGCAAAACCCUGAUGAUCAUGCCAGUACGAGAACUGGACAAUAUCUCAAGAGGACAAAGAGGCUUUGGAUCUACAAGUUUAUCUAUCCAAGAAUAA